UUUGUAUUCCUACUUGCUGAUUAAUUUCUUGCUACUUGUGAACUUUUUAUAACUAAGACACCAAUUAACUCCACUAACCCAAAAACAACAUCAGCAAGAGAAUUGGAACGUUUUCUAUUUUUCUUUAAGGCCAAUGACGGAGAGGUUGCCAUUGAUUCUCCUCCUUGCUCUACACUUGUUCGUGUCUGGAGUGUUUUCCACUAGUAUCCUUACCAUAGAGAACAAAUGCAAUAAAACAAUUUGGCCAGUCGUCUUUUCAUGGCGGUCAAAAGUCUCCACCUCCGGCUUCACUCUCAAGAGCGGAGAGGCGCGUGCCAUACAAGCGCCGUCUUCAUGGUACGGUCUUAUCUCGGCUAGGACGCUCUGCUCCAACGACUCAACAGGAAAUUUCACGUGCGCCACGGGAGAUUGCGAAUCCGGCGGGAUCGAGUGUCCCGGCGCAUACAAUUGGUCUCCGGUCACUUAUCUCUUAUUUAGGAUCGAUGACGGCGGAAUCAACAGCUAUACCAUCAGCGUAGAGUACGGUUACAACCUUCCACUAAAGGUUGUUCCAUCAAUCCCGACAUGUAUCAGCUCAGGUUGUAUGGUUGACUUGAGCAAGACAUGUCCAAAUGAUCUUAAGAAAUUUGUCGGGCGAGAUAUAGUCGCAUGCAAUAGCGCAUGCCGAGAAGACAACUCCCAGGAGAACUGUUGCACUCGUUACUUCAACUCAAAACAAACUUGCAAGCCUACACAGUACGUGGAAAACUUCGACCGCGCUUGCCCAUUCGCCUAUAGCUACGCCUUUAACGACAAUAACAGCACCUUCACAUGCACAAAUUCAACUGACUACGUGAUCACGUUUUGUCCCUCCUCGAUUCCCGACACCACCAGAAGCUCGAUGGCUCCAUUACCAGCGGAACCAAAACAUAAUUCUCAAGGGAUGUUAAAUACCAUACUUGGUACCACCUAAUUCGAUGCAAUCAUAUCUCUGUUGCCCUAUCAUGUACAUAUAACACCUAAGUUUUGCUUGUUUUAUCUUCCAGGAGUCGCAGCAGCUUUAGCUGUGCUGAUCAUUAUUGUUGUGAUUGUGGU